AGCUCUCGAAAGCUCACCAUGGCGUGGCCCUGUAUCAGCAGGGCGUGCUGCAUGGCCCGCUUCUGGAAGGAGCUGGACAAGGCUGACAUUGCGGUGCCUUUGGUCUUCACCAAGUACACGGACGCGUCGGAGAUGCAGCACAUCCAGCUGCAGCCGCCGCUCCACCCUUCCCAGGCCCGGGUCGCCAUACAAACGCAGCCGUCUCGCGCAGAAAGCCGCACCACGACAGCGGAACGCGCGCCGCGAAGGUGCGUCUCCGAGGAGCGCGUGUGCAGCUCGGUGAUGCGCGAGGACUAUAAGCACUGGAGAGUGCGACCCGAACCGAGCUGUAAACCCAAGAACGAGUACCACGGACCGGAAACGCCGUUCAACAGCGAGACCCAGUACCAGAAGGACUUCAAGCCCUGGCCGAUCCCGAAAAGGCACGACCAUCCCUGGAUACCCAAACCGCCUCCAACCACCUCCGCCGGUGAAGACCGGGCACCGGACAGGUCCAGGCACGCGAAGAAGCACGCGGCGCUGGCGGAUGCGGAAAGCGGCGUGGAGAAGAGCGCUAUUGCCGACAAGGUGCAGGAGAAAGACCUCCUGCAGGGGCAGGAAAGGAAAAAGAAGUCCAGUAAACAGGAGGGACAGAAGAAAGUUGUCCUGAAGGUGGAAGGAGAGGGCAGAGGGAGGGCGGCGGCGGACGCAGUGAACAGGCAGAUCAAAGAGGAGAUUACAGGCGGCAGCUCAUACAAAAAUGAGUACAAGGCUUACACGGAUGUGAAGCCGACAAAGAUGAUCCGGGCCAGGUCCCAGUACCUGCCACCAGACGGGAAGAGCUGCCAAGAGACCAGCUACAGUUCCACCUACAAGGGGCAAGCCCCGCUGCAGCCUGCUAACAACAAGGCCCUGGAGAGAAGGAGGAUACGCAGUUUGUACAGCGAGCCUUACAUAGAACCUGCCAGCCAGGUUGACAGGUAUAGUUCCCCUCGCUCUAAGCCCAAAAAGCCUGGAGCCGCAGGCCGGGAUAAGCCAGUGAAGAAAGCCAAAGAUAAGCAGAGCGCAGCACUGAGGGGCUCCAAGAAGGCGACCUCGGAGAACCAGCCCGAGAACCGGCCGGCGGUGGGGGACAAGGAGAAAAGUAAAGAGAUGAACAACAAACUGGCUGAGGCAAAAGAGGUUGUGCUAAAACAGUACCACUACAUACAACUCUGCCAGCCAAUCCGAGAUAUUGGCUGGGUGCAGACUCUAAAGCAACACCUGUGGGGCUGUGCACUACCCAAUCCCAGAGAUGCUAAAGACGAGGUUCUCCGACCCAAUUAUCAUCAUUCCCAGGGUGCUGCUGGAGGAGAACCAGAACCACCACUGGAAAGACCCGAACCUCGGAGGAGCGGUGGGGUCGUACGCUUUGCCCUAGAUGGGAACCAGACUGAGUAGUUCUGCCUGUCAGUAUGGAGGCAGAUACACUGCUGCUCUGUACUGUAAAUAUCUAGUAUUUGCAACUAAGUUGGAUUAGGAAAAGAGGCGAAUCCCAUACAAAA